AUGCCCGACGCUGAUAGUGAACCUGACGUGGACCACGAAACAUGGAAAGUUGAUAUGAACUUAACUUAUUCUAUGAUUAUUGGUAUUUUAAUAUUUUUAGUGUUUUCUGGACUAUUAAAAUAUUUCGUUGGCAAGUACCGGCAAAAGGUGGGAGACUUCUCAAGACAUGUAUUACGCCGUUAUAUCGAGCCGGUGCUUCUAAUUAUCCCGGGUGUGAAAGGCUGGAUUGGUGCCGAGUUCAAGGUCAAGUUGCUUUUCGUGCCCGAUGCUGAUAACAAACCUGAAGAGAAACACGAAAUCUCGGAACCUGCGCUAUUUCGUUUUCUAAUCAACGAAGAAAUUUAUAAAAAAAUCAAUGAAGCUGGAGUUAGAAUGCCUGAAAUGCUGAAUGUUUUAAAAGACAUCGACAGACAAUCGAAAAUCAUUCAAGUCGAAGCCUACCAAAGCAGCAUGAUGAAAGCGUCAGAUAAAAUCAAGAAAUUUCACGUCUUCAUCGUCUUCAAAUCGACAAGUGUAACAGAUGAAGUCUACUGGUGGUCGUUAGAAAAAGGCCUAGAAUACAUCGUCUUGCAACGAUCCCGCAACAAAGAAAACGUCAAGGACAAGUUAGAUGGACAAACGCGAGAUCAAGCGAAACCCAUCAAAGAAGAUUUGAAAGGAAAAGGUACGAUUCAAGAUCUGUUUGAAAUCCUUUGGGCCAAUCAGAAGAUUGCAGAAAAGUACAACAUCUUUUACUCAAACUGCCAGUCCUUAGUCACUUUCGUUGGCCAACAAAUUACCGAAAUAGGAUACAAAUACAAGGGGAAAUCCCCUUUCUCUGCUCCUCGUGAAAGAGGCUGGAACCAAAAAAUGUUGGAUUUUAUCAAAAUCCUAAGAGGCCUUAACAGUUGUGACUGUCAUCCUUUAUUCCAACUCCUUUUAUUGGGAAAUACCGAUCUGGUUGAUAAAAUGAUAAAGAGUGGCAAGUACGACAUCGACGCCUCCUGCAAUGGACUCACUCCGCUCCACUUUGCCAUUAUGGAUUCGAAAACCAAAAUGGUCAAACAUCUUCUCGAACCUCCACUGAAUGCCGAUCCCACGAGGCGCGAUAAACACGGCUGGAGCGCCCUUCUAUGGGCGGCCAUGAUCACAAUGAAAGCGGAAAUCUUCGAUUGGCUCCUAGCUCAUAGCAAAGUCAAAGUUGACGAUGUAGGCGAACACGGAGAAACGGCUCUCCAUUUGGCCGCUUUGGCAUCCAACGUCGUCGCUGCUCAAAAAUUAUUAGAAAAAGGAGCCAAUCCCAACAUUUUCGCCAACAAAGGUGUGUCUCCUCUUCAUGUAGCAGCAACGCAAAGUGAUGGUGACGCGAUGUUCGAUUUGCUACUGGCACAUGACAAAAUCAACGUUGACGAUGUGGACGAACACGGAUUCACGGCUCUCCAUUGGGCCGCUUUGGCAUCCAACGUCAUCGCUGUUCAAAAAUUAUUAGAAAAAGGAGCCAAUCCCAAUGCUGUAGGCAAAUCGGGUGAUUCUCCUCUUCAUGUGGCAGCAACGCAAAGAGACGGUAUCCCUAUAAUAGAUCUACUGCUGGAAGCUCAAAAAGUCAAAGGCCUGGGCGAUGUCAACGAUCGAGAUAAAGAAGGAUGGACUGCACUUCAUUACGCCGCCGCCUAUUCCAAUGAAAUCACGGCCGAGCAUUUGAUCAAAAAGGGAGCCGAUCUCCAUUGUCGAGACAAUGAUGGCCUUACUCCACUUGACAUGGCUGCACUUGGUGCUAUAAACAUGAAAAUCAUCGACUUGUUAUUGCAGAACAUUAACCAAGGAGAAAUUGAACAGUACUUAAACGACGAAAGACUUUUCUUUUGCGCCAUGUCUAACGUGCUCGGACUAGAAAUGGAAAUAGGUGAGCGGUUGGUAAAAAAGGGCAUCAAACCUCCAAGUACCGAAACUGACGAGGUGACAGAAGAAUCUGAUGAGGAAACUCCCCUUUUUUUCGCAAUACGCGCCAACAACGUGACUAGGGUUAGAACAUUGCUGGAAAGAGGAGCCGAUCACACCAUACGCAACAACAAAGGCCUCACUCCAUUUCAUCUGGCAGCGGGUAUCGAUAGAGAUUCUGAGAUUCUCAAAUUACUUCUGGAUAGUGGAAAAGUUGACAUCAAUGAAACUACAACUGAAUAUGGACGGACUGCCCUCCAUAUAGCAAUUGCAACACCCAACGUGACUGCCGCUCGCUUCCUGUUAUCUAAAGGAGCCAACCCCAAUGUGGCUGACAAAUAUGGAUGGACUCCGCUUCAUUUUGCGACAAAAAUUGCAAAAGACCUGGACAUUGUCGAAUUACUACUCGAUCACAAAGACGUGGAUGUUAACCGCUUAGACAAAUGGGGAAAAUAUGCGCUAUAUUACGCAACGUUCAACGAGACCAAUCAAGGCGAAAAAAUUGUCAACCGUUUGAAAGAGAAAGGCGCCGUGGACACAGCAAACGGACUACCCAAAGUAAACAAUGAAUUCUUAAAAAAACGUAUGCGGACUUUCGGCAAUCAAAAGCCCAGCAAAUUGGAAAACAUUUUAAGCGACGAUACAGUACCAAUUGAGGAUAAAUUGGAUAGAAUUUCCGGGGAAUUUCCGGCUUCAGCAAUCACAGGUUUGAACGUAGAAACACUUCGUCGCCUAUUGAAAAAUGGAGCAGAUAUCAGCAGAGCACGUGGAGAAUAUGGAAUGAAUGCGCUUCAUUUGGCAUCAAUUUAUGCAAAUACGACCGAUCUGAUCGAAUUCAUUCGGGAAACGAGAGAAUUCGACAUCAACGGAAUUGACAACGAUGGAAACGCACCUCUCCAUUAUGCAAUAGUGGGCAGCAACGUCACAACUGCUUGCUACUUGCUGGAAAAAGGAGCCGAUCCCACCAUACGCAACAACGAAGGUCUCACUCCACUUCAUUUGGUGGCAACGUAUGCAAAAGAAAUGGACAUUGUCAAACUACUCGUCAAUCAUAAAGACACAAAUGUCAACUAUUUAGACAAUGAAGGAAACAAUGCACUACACUACGCAAUGGACAACGAUCACGGCCUUGCCGAAGAAAUUGCAAAUCUGUUGAAGGGAAAAACUGUGUUGCUGAAGGCAGAAGGAAACAAUCACGAACCGGAGAACAUUGCGGCAUUGGUUGAUUCGCACAUGAAAACGAUUCGUUUGCUAAUAGAAGAUGGACAAGAUAUUACCGCGAUGACAUGGGGAGAAAACGGAGCGAACGCACUUCACCUGGCGGCAGCUGGCGAAGAGACGACAGAUCUGAUCAACGCCUUUCUGGAAACUGGAGAAUUCGACAUCAACGGAGGUGACAACGAUGGAUGGACACCACUCCAUUACGCAAUAACGGGAUCUAAUGCGACAACAAAUGUUCCUCACCUAAUUCAACUGGGAGCCGAUCCCAGCAGCAUUGCCAAUAACACCAAUAAAGUCACUCCACUGCAUUUGGCGGCCAAAAAUGAAGAGACGGCGGAACUUAUCGACACCAUACUAAAAACCGGGCAAUGCGACAUCAACGGAGUUGACAGCGACGGAAGGACGCCUCUUUAUUACGCAAUCAAGAGACCCGACCCUGUUUCAACCAAUGUUCGUCAUCUGAUUGAAAUGGGAGCCGACCCAGGCAUCGCCGACAGGAAUAGAGUCACCCUUCUUCACUUGGCGGCGAUAUAUGCAGAAUCGAUGGAUCUCAUCGAGCUACUCCUCAAUACUAAAAAACUGGACGUCACUGACUGCGACGACAACGGACUUACUGCUCGCGAUUACGCUCGAUACAACAAACACGGACUAGGCGACACGAUUGUCGAUCGUCUGACGAAAAAUUUAUUAGCUUCCCGUAUAAAAGUUCUCGUUUGUUUAUGCUGGAUUUUCUGUUUCGUUUUUCUAUUGGCAGUCUACAUAGUAGAAGCCUGACAAAACAACCCCUCUAGGCCUCUACUCCUGCUGCAAUAACCCCAAUAAUUUCUUUUUAAAAUAAUUCAACUUGUUUCAGUUAUUACUCCUCCCGCUUACGCUUAUUCAUAUUGCCAUGCCUUACGCUUGUCGCUUACGGUUUGAGAAUCUAGACACUGAUGUGGUCUUUAUCUGUGAUUGUCUGUGAUCUAGAGAAGCAAGUUAAACGGGGCGACAGCGCUAAAAGUUACAAAUACUGCAUCGUUGGCUGCUCUGUAUUAACAAUGUUAUUCUUUCA